CUAAGCAACGUUUUCAUUUCUGGCAAAUAAUUCCGGGCCUUACUCCAGAGGCUGGUUGCUUUUAUUAAACAAAAGGAGCGUUUGAUUAAAACAGCCACCAGAGUUUGUAUCAAUCGAACCGGAUAUUUAGCUCGGAAGGAUAUUGUUUGAGGUCAUGGAAACAGAGGAUCAAGCAAGGAAUCGUUUUCAGUCCGAGCUGGAGUUUGUGCAGUGUUUGGCCAACCCCAAUUACCUCAACUUUCUAGCACAGAGAGGUUACCUAAGAGAACGGACCUUCAUCAAUUAUCUCAAAUAUCUUCUCUACUGGAAGGAACCAGCAUAUUCCAAAUUCCUCAAGUACCCUCACUGCCUGCACCUGCUGGAACUGCUGCAGUAUGAGCACUUCCGGAAGGAGCUGGUGAACUCUCAGUGCACCAAGUUCAUCGACGAGCAGCAGCUGCUUCACUGGCAACACUACUCCCGCAAACGCACGCGACUGCAGCAGGCUCUCGCCGAGCAGCCACAACCACAGCAGCAGGCGCCACCGCAGAGGCUAGGGGGCGCUGCACCCAAGUCUUGAUGUUACACACGAGGAAAUUAAAGUGUUGGAGUUAGGGCUCUACUUUCUGUUUACUUGUUUUUUUUAUUCAGUGUAGGAUCCAUAUUUUUUUUUAACUUUCAUUAAACUGAAUCUGAGGCAAAUGAUGAAAGCAUUUUCUGAAAUGAAAUUAAAUAUGUUUGUUGGAAUACUACUGCCCUCAAGUGAGUCAGAAUGAAUUAUUUUUCCUCUGCAUGUAUUGAUGACUAGAAGUGUGUCUCAGUGGUUAGCUGUCAAUAUCAGCCCUUUGAUUGACUGGUGGUCUGUCCAUGGUAACCCUGACCAAAAAUGAACAUCGCCUGUUGUGAUGUUUUUGUUUCUUCAUUUUUUUGAUAGUAUUGAAGAUUUCUCAGAAUCAGAAUCAGAAUCAAAUUUAUUGCCAUGGUCAGUGGGGAGCCCACUGACUAGGAAAGUGCCUUGGAAUAAAGUGCAACAAAAAACAAAUAAAAUAAAAUAAAUAGAAUAACAUUACAACAAGGCUGUUCAUGAAUUUAACAGUCUGACGGCCGAGGGAAAGAAGCUGUUCCUGUGACGGGAGGUUCUGGUCUGGAUGGACCGUAGCCUCCUGCCAGAGGGAAGAGGAACAAACAGUCCAUGUCCAGGGUGAGAAGGGUCGGCUCUGAUCCGACCUGCACGUCUCUGGGUCCUAGAGGCAUACAGGUCCUGAAGAGGUGGCAGGCUGCAACCGAUCACCUUCUCAGCAGAACGUACGAUGCGCUGCAGUCUGCUCUUGUCCCUGGAGGUGGCACUGUUGUACCAGACAGUGAUAGAGGAGGUGAGGAUG